AUGAUCAAUAACCUCAACAUAGAAGAGUCAGAGCUUAACUUUGAUGUAGACCAAGUCCAUCAGGCUUCCCAUUUUUCGAGCGAUCACUAUUGUCCAGAAAUAUUCCAAGAGACAGGGCUUCUCAACUUUGAACUAGAGUUAAAUAAUCCAUUCAUAUUCUGAGAUGAAUUUAACCCCAUUACGAAUCUUGAGGAGACUAAUCACCUCGAUCGAAGCAACACUGGCAACCUUGGGAGUCAUUCCUCUUCGGAUUCUCAACUUGGGAAUAAAAGUUUUUGUCUUGACAAAAAGACAACUCAGGAGUCUCUUCUUAAAAAGGACUUGUCAACUGACUUGCAAGUAAAGGAUCAUGAAGAAAUUAAAACUCCUCCUGAGCAAUCAAAAGAUGCUCCUAAAGACGCUUCUAAGAAGAGAUGGGGAAGGUCACAAGAUAAAAUGCUAUUCAAGCAUAUCAGAAAGAUGGAACAACAUAAGCAGAUAUGAAUGGGCGAAGUCUUUAAACUUCAGACCUACAACGAUUGCCUUCACGAUGAAUCAUUGCAAGAACUCUCAAAGAGUGUCGGAUGGAAAGCAUCUGCAAAGAAACUCCUUGCAAGGAUCAAAUCUCUCUGGGAUACCGAAUUCUCUUGCAGAGAAGUUAAGCAGUUGAAACAGAUUCUUAAAAGGAAUUAUGAGUACAAGGGGAUCAACCUGAAUGAAGUCAUCUACCACUUCCCAGGCAAAAAUAUGUUGACACUGGAGAAGAUGGUUGAUAUCUUGGUCCAGAAAUAUAAGAAGAAGAGUUUAAGCAUCUUCAAAAAAUUGUAGAAGCGUCUUCUCUUGCUACUAAAAUUUAAUUAUUU